GACGAGGAGGCCGCGGCCUCGCGGAUUUUUUCCAACGCCGCCGGGGAGUUCGGCUCUUUAGUGAAUGAGCGCGUCGUCGCGGGCAAUUGGGAGAACGAGAAGGAGCUCGGAGAGACCUGGGCCUCAAGGAAUGCCUUUGCUUUCGGUCGACGCCAGCGCGGCGAAAGCCGGACGGGCGUCCUGGACAAGCUUCUGGGCACUGCGGGUUCCUUGGUGCAGCUGACGGACUCGGUGGAAUACGGCCUCACCGACAUCCAGGAGUACUAUGCCAACUCAGGGGCCAUGGUCCGGCGGAUGAGCGACCUCCAGGACAAGAAGGUCGAGGCCCUCGUCGUAGACACGACUCAACGCGAGGUGAUGCCCAGGAAGCUCGAUUCCGUCUUGCGCAUGGAAUACCGGACCAAGCUCUUGAACCCGAAGUGGGCGGAGGCCAUGGUCUCUCAGGGCAGCGGCGGAGCAUUCGAGGUUUCGCAGCGGAUGACGGCCCUGCUAGGUUGGGGCGGCACCGCACGCUUCGCAGAGGACUGGGUCUGGGAUCAGAGCGCCCAGCGUUAUGUUUUUGACGAAGACAUGGCGCGGCGGCUGAAGGAAAGCAACCCCGAGGCAUUCCGGAACGUCGUGUCCAGAUUGCUUGAG